CAGAUGGGUUUGGAGGUGGGGGGAAGGGGAGAGAAGCACUGUAAGACCCUGCUGUCAUCCCUAAUGAGAGGUCGGUCAUUAGCGGUGCGUUAUCUCCCUAUGCCUCACAAAGAAAGACCCUUGGAGAUAAUCUCUUCCCAACACCUGGACCCCAGCUGGAGUGAGGCUUCUUCUGACCUAUUCCAUUACAGGAUGUCAGCAGAAUAUAGCAGGACUCUUCCUCUGCAGGAACAAGAGGGACUUUGGAUAGUGAAGGUAGAAGAUCAGGAGGACCAUGUUUGGGAACAAGAAUCCUGCUUACAAGGAAAUAACCCACCCUGUCAAGAGAUCUUCCGCCAACGUUUUAGGCAGUUUGCCUACCACCAUACCCCUGGGCCUCGUGAGGCUCUAAGUAGACUCCGGGAACUCUGUCAUCAAUGGCUGAGGCCAGAAAUGCACACAAAGGAACAAAUCUUAGAGCUGUUGGUUCUGGAACAGUUCCUGACCAUCCUUCCUGAAGAACUCCAGACUUGGGUGCAGGAACGUCGUCCAGAGAGUGGAGAAGAAGCAGUGACUGUGCUCGAGGAUUUGGAGAAAGAACUUGAUGAACCAGGCCGGCAGGUUCAGACCCAUGGACAUGGGCCAGGAGUGGUCUGGACGGAGAUGAUGCCUCCAAGAAUAUCAAAGGAAUCACUGAAUAUGCAACCCAUUGAAACCCAGUUCAAAUGUGAAUCUAAGGAGUCUUAUCCCCUACAAAAUGGGAUUGCUGACCAUGAACUUUAGGAUAUUUGACAAGUUCUGCCGGAUUUCUAACCAUUACUUUUUGAGAUGUCAUGGAGGACAAGAGGAUAAUUCUGGAAAUUCCUGAAUUUUAACAAUGAGACAUGCAAAGGUUAUAAGAGUAAAACUAAGAGCAAGUGGCCGACUCAUAAACAGAAAAUAUCUGAAGUGGAAUCCCUGAGGGUGACAUCAGAA